CUUCUCUUCUUGUACUCUCUCUCAUUGCUUGUACAACAAUCACUAUAAGUAAAGACCCAAAAGGCCUUGCAAGUUCACAGACUCAUUGCAUUCAAUGGCGCAAUAUAGCACCACAGAAUCGGAGAAGUCUUUGUUGACAAAACACACAGAGAGGCACUUCACCGCCGGCGAGAUUGUCCGGGACAUCAUCAUCGGCGUAUCGGAUGGCCUCACUGUCCCUUUCGCCCUCGCUGCCGGACUGUCCGGUGCCAAUGCGUCUUCCUCCAUAAUUCUCACCGCCGGCAUAGCCGAGGUCGCCGCCGGUGCUAUCUCCAUGGGACUUGGCGGGUACCUGGCGGCAAAAAGUGAGGCAGAUCACUACAUGAGGGAGCUCAAGAGGGAACAAGAAGAAAUCAUCGCUGUUCCUGAUACAGAGGCUGCUGAGGUGGCUGAGAUACUGGCACAGUACGGGAUAGAGCCGCAUGAGUACCGGCCGGUGGUGAAUGCCCUCAGGAAGAAUCCACAAGCAUGGCUUGAUUUCAUGAUGAAGUUUGAACUUGGACUGGAAAAGCCAGAUCCCAAAAGAGCACUGCAAAGUGCACUCACCAUUGCCAUUGCAUACGUUAUUGGUGGAUUGGUUCCUCUCAUUCCUUACAUGUUCAUUCCAGUGGCAAGGAAGGCUGUGCUGGGAUCUGUUGUUUUGACAUUAAUUGCAUUGCUGAUCUUUGGUUAUGCCAAGGGUUACUUCACCGGAAACAAACCCGUCGGCAGCGCGAUUCAGACAGCCCUGAUUGGAGCCAUUGCUUCUGCAGCUGCUUUUGGCAUGGCCAAAGCUGUCCAAGGAUAGAGAAGUUUUUGUAUUGGUGAAUGAUGCAACUGUUUUGCCAGAAGUUCUAGCUUUUAUGAAAUAACUUGUUUGAAAUGUUUUUAGUCUUGUAACGCCAAUAGACGUCAGUACAAUUUUUUUUUUUGAUACUGUUACUGUUACUGUCAUAGAUCUAGCCUAUGUUCGACGCCAUGUGACUCAUAAUGCUGGCAAUGAGUUGUGUCAUAUAUAGUCUGUCGUCUCAUAUUAAGUUUAAGUCAUGUAUACAAUAUUUUACAUAAGUUUAUAUCGUGUUUAGCUACAUUCAUCAUGAUCUAUUUACUAGCUGGG